AUGGGCUUCAACGUUUUGGCCGCGCUGGCCCUCGCCCCUUAUAUCAUCUCUGUCCAAGCCCAGUCGUUCUGGGAGGAGGGUCAAGUCAACACCACACUAUGCUACUGGCAACAACCAAGAGCUGCUAUCAUCCGGGACACCAUCUACAUGGAUGGCGGGAGGACGUGGUGGAUUCCAGGCAUGGCUGAUGGGUCUCUCAAGACUUUGAUUCCUGAUGACAAUCAGUAUGGUCGUAUCUUCACCCUCAAUCUCAGCACUCCCUUCGACAUCAAAGACAACGUUACCGCAAAAUUCAAGAUCAUGAAUAAAGCCCCGCCCGGAAGUGUAGUCAACAAUAACGACCCAAACUACGUUGACGGGGCUCUGUUGGCAAAUGAUGCCGAAUGGUUUGCCUAUGGUGGCCUCCUCCGAAAAACCGCCGCCUUCAACACUGAGCCCGCAAAAGAUCUGGUUUCUGGCUACAGGCAGUAUCAGUACGGCCCAGAAAAGGCAGGUUUUAGCCCAGGCCUGUUCAAAAGCAGCCUGGAUACCGAUAACACGGGGGUCACUCGCUACAUUGCGUUUGGAGGUGCGGCAAGCGCGCCUUCUGAAAAUUUGGCUUGGUACUUUUCGGGCGUUCAAGCACCAUCGAAAGGGCCCGUUUACACUGCAUCAUCCAAUCUCACGACAUCCCCUAUUCGCAUAGUCGACUCCUUCAUUACAUUGGACAUGAAGAAUCAACAGAAAGAAACUUGGAAGAACAGCACGCUUCCCUCCGAAAUAUCUGGCCGAGCAAAUCCUGAGUUGGUCUGGGUUCCCGUCGGCGCCAAGGGUAUCCUACUCGUUCUCGGAGGUGUCAUAUUCCCGGAUUUUACCAGCACUGUGAAAACUGGGGUUUCGGACAACGAGACAGAAAGUAAGGCAACAAGUCCCAAAUUUAUGACGACAAUCGAUGUAUACGAUGUCGCGAACGACCAGUGGUACAGCCAGCCAACGACAGGCGACAACCCUGGACAACUUACUCGCGGAUGUGCCGUAGUGGCACCUGCGGAAGACCAAUCAAGCUUCAACAUCUAUUAUUAUGGCGGCUACGAGGGGCUCAAGGUCACCGACGACUUCAACGACGAUGUUUGGGUGCUCUCCGUACCUUCUUUUACCUGGACGAAGAUCACAUCAAGCACAUCCAGCGGCCGGGCCGGACACAAGUGCUUUAUGCCCUAUCCCGAUCAGAUGUUGGUUCUUGGAGGCUACACAAACACGCCAAGCAGCGGACCCCCAACGUGUCUCCCUGAAUUAGUUCGGGUUUUCAACAUGACGACCGGAACUUGGCUAUCGGGUUAUGACCCUACAAAGCACUCGUCCUAUGGUGUUCCCGAGGCCGUUCAAAAAAGGAUCGGUGGCUCUGCUACGGGCGGUGCCACGGCACGCGCACCGAGCGACGGCUGGGCUUCAGCAGACCUUGGAAAAGUCUUUGACACCAAAUAUACGACCAAGAUCGCUACAUAUUAUCCAUAUGCCUCUGAAGCGCCAUCAAACAACACUAAUCCGACGUCACCUGGGAGUGGUGCUACGGAUGACGAUGACAAAAGGUCAGGGGGUGUACCAUCUUGGCUCCCUCCCGUGCUUGGCGUCGUGCUUGGGCUAAUGCUCCUGACUAUAAUCGCUGUCUUGGUACUCCUCUGGAGACGCCGCAGGUUAUUGAGGGCUGGCACUAGUGUAGCCGAAACUGAAGAUACCAAUGGCUACCGAAUUAUGUCAUGGAUGCGCGGCCAGCAGCACGCCACUGAAAAGGCUCCUACCGUCACGACCUCGGAUGAAAUCAGCACUAUCCCUAACAGCCCCAGUCCUAUGCAAGACACGGCAAGCACAGGGUCGCCCAUGCCGCCGCCUUCAAUCGCCGAAGCGAUGGACACUCAGAUCACGCCGCCGCCGGCUCCAGUCGAAUUGAUGGAUACCUCGCCUCGCGCUGAACUCCACGACACUGGUUUGAGCCACGUUGAUAUUUUGAACCGUCACUCGAGUGUGGGUCGAGUUAACACCGCUGGAAAUGGCUCCCUCAACAACCCAUCGUAUUACACGGGAGCAACACAACAGAUGGACCAUGCGAGCAACUUCACCCGCUCAUCCAGAGGCGUUGCAUCCUCUCUGCCACCGUAUAUGCAGGGUGUCGAUGGUGCUCCAACCAACUUUCGUCCCGACUCGGAAUUGAUGGGCAGCGUUCCAUCCGGGGCUGCGUCGGCCAAUAGAGAGAUUCCCUCGCCCAUGGUCUCGCCAACCACCACCACAGCCACCCGCGGUUUUGCCCUCUCGGACGUCUCUAAUGUCAGCGAGCGUGAUAAGGCACACCUCCGACAGAUCAGCGACGCAACCGUGAGUUCCAUGACCUCGGGACAGACGCAUAACAACAACGGACAGUACACGCCCAACAUUAACAGCAACCACCGCUUCAGCAACAGUCCUGCCCCCACCUCCGUCCCGGAGGAACACAAUAUCAAUCAGCAGGGUGGACAGCAAGCGCCCGACCACAUCCCUAUCCCUUUGUCAGCAACGUCCGCUAUGGGCGGUACGCUGCCGCUGGGAUCGCCGCAGCCGGUUUCACCGCCUACGGCAGGGAUAGCGGAGGGGAGCGACGAUUACAUGAGCGUUCGGCCACAGCCACCGCCGACGGCGGGUCUCGGCCCGGGAGCCGCUGGAGGUGCUGGGGCCACGAGUAGUCCGAGACGGAGCAUGUUUACGGAGAGCCGAGAGGAUAUGAACGGGACUGGUCCGGGAGGGAGGUAA